AUGGAGACUUGUGGCCUCACCCUCCCUGGUAUGGAGGAUGGCUCUGUCACUAUUAGGGAGGAUAUGAUAGUCGCCAAGGAUGGUCCCAUCAGGGUUAAAGCGAUGCCGAGUCGUCCCUAUCAGUUCCUUAUGACUGUUGAAAGCCCCGAGACCAAGCGUAUCGACCAUCACUGA